AUCAUUCGCGCUUCUGUAACUUGCGCGAUUACUUGAAUUUUCAUUCUAUAUUAUCGCGUUGUGAAUUUAUCAAAUAAAAAUUAUCUGUGAAAUAAAAUUAAUAAAUAGCUAUCAUCAACUAAAAUACGCGGGAAAUAAUUAUUUUUUCAGCAUAAAAAAUUUUUAUUAUUAAAAAGAGCAUAAUUAUCAUUACAACUGCUAAAAUGAUUCUCAAAUAAACCUAUUAUUAUUUAAUUAAUAAAUUAAUUUAAAAGUCAAAUAAAUUUUGUGAUUUUUUUUUUAAAAUUAAAAAUGUCAAGUCAAAUUUAACACUAUAUUAUUCAGUGACAUUUUAGUGAAUACAUAUUAAUAGCUAAGUUUUGUUGGCAUAAUAAUAAAAAUUCGAGUGAAGCAAAUAUGGUUUAGAAUUUUGAUUAGAAUACCAAGUGUCAAAGACAAAAGACACGCGCUUCAAUAUAAUGAAAAAGCGUGGGAUUUUCACGAGCUUUUUUGAUCCUUGAAAAAAUAUUAUUACUAUUUUAAUUAUCAACAUAGUCUAUUUCUUGUUAAAAACUACUGAUGCAAAAAAAAUAUAUAUAUAUUAUAUUUAAUGAAGAGGAUAUAGAAAUAUUUUUAUUGAGAGAAAAAGAAUUCUACAAAAGAGUAUAUUUUUUAAUUGGAAAAAAAAACUAUUUGAACUAGAAUAAAAUUUAAAAAAAAAAAAGACUUUAAAUUGAGAAGGAACAGGUAUAUAUGGAUUGAAAAAAAAGCUAAUAAUUGGUGUUGUUAAAAGUAAAUAAAUAUCAUUAUUUUAAAAGGGAGAAAAAUAAUAGUAAUAGUAUUUUGUGUAGGAUUCAGUUGUUAUCAUGUGGUGAUGGAUAAUUGAUAAGCAAUGUUGGUUAAUUGUGAUUUAGAUAGUCAUUUUUAAUUAUAAUUAUGUUCGAUAUAUGAUAAUUAAUUGUAUAUAAACAUAAAUAAUAUGUGAUUAUUAAAUUUAAAAAACAAAGUUGAUAAUAUGCUGCUGUUUUGCAAUAAUGUCACUUUUAUACCCAACAAAAAAAGGGAUUUAAUUUUAUUUAGAUAAUGACGCAAUCCCCGACACCAUCAACAAGCAAAUUACACGAUGAAAAAUCAAUUGCAGCGCAAAUUCAAGAUAUCAAUAGUCAGAUAGCACUAUUUCGUGAUUUACUAAUUAACAUUGGUCAAUCAAGGGAUGGUCCUGAAUUACGAGAACGUGUACGUAAAGUUAGACGAAGUUGUGUUGAGGCAUGCAAAAAUACAUCACAACUUGUAUUACCACAAAUGCGAAGUGCCAUUGAUCUUGGGAUACCAGCAGACAGUCCAAAUUUAGUUUUACUAUUUUUCGUUGCACAAUUAUUUUUACGAGAACUUUAUAAAGCCAAAAAUCUCGUUAGAAUUGUUCCCAUGGAUAUGUCUGGUUAUUAUGCUAGUAAAUCUGGACCAUCAAAUAUUGGUAAUGUGAUAUCAUCAAUUUUACUUUGUAAGCCAAUAACACCGAAUUUUAAUGAAGAAGAAUUAUGCAGUAUUAGAAAAGAUUCAGCAGAGAUUAGUAAUCUUAUUGCUGAACUACAAGAAUUUAUGCCACAAUCUGAGGCUGAUGUAGAACGUUCAAUCGCUCUUCAAGAUGGAUUUGUCAGUAAUGCUCGAAGUAUUGGACCCAAAAAAGGCACAAGAUGGGACAAUCGUGGUGGUGCUAAUAAUCCAAAUUAUUUUGGUGGAAAUAGUUUUAAUUUUCUUUGCUGUGCUUCAAGGCCAAACUACGUUUAAUACUAUUAUUAUUUUAAAUAAACGCACAUUUAUUAAUAAUUAAAAAUUAAUUAAUUUUAAAAUAAUUAUUUCCGGCAUGAUAAAAAAAUUCUUAGUAGUUAUAAAUAUAUAAAAAUUGACAAGAAAGAUGUAACAUAAUGAAAAAAAAUAUAUAUGUUAAUUAAAAAAAAAACAUGAAAAACACUUUCAUAAAAUUUAGAAAAUUUAUCAAUUAAUAUCGGUGAUAUAAAUAGUUAAUUAUUAUGAAUAAAUAUUUAUUUGAUGAAUUGUUAAGAUGAUUAUUUAAAUGAAAAUAUAUAUCAACGUUAUUAGAAAGUGAUAAUAAUCAAAAUUUAAUUUAGAGUCAUUGAAAAUAUAAUUUUAAUAUAACUGCCAGGAUAUUUUUGGCGCCUGAAAAGCGAUAAUUAUUAGGAUAUUAAAAUAAUACGUCGAGUUAGUUUUGAAAUGAAUGAAUUUGUCUAUUUUAAAUAUGGCACAAUACCCAAUGAACGUUGAAGACGAUAACGUGAACCUUGAUAUUCCAAAGUAGACUAAAAGCUAAAAUAUUAAUUUAAAAAAAAAAAACACCUAAAACAAAAAUGUAUAUUUAAUUAUUAUAUGUAAAAAAAUUAUUUAUUUAUCUAUUUAUUUAGUAUUAUUUUAUUAUAACAAUUUUAAUGAACUAAUUACUUUAUAUUUUUUAAAAUAACAAAAAAACAGUUGUAUAGUUUUUUACGAAACAGAAAAAAUAAUAAACAAAAAUGUAUUUUAAAUCUUGGACUCUUUAAUUUUAAUUAAUCAUCAUCACUGUAUAAAAAAAAUUAAAUAUCAUAAUUUAAAUUAAUUUAUUUAAUCUUGAAAUAAAUAAAUAAAUAAAAACAAAUUAAUAUAUUUAUAUAAUUAAUAAAUCUAUAAUUUUUUUUGUCAAUAAUUUAUCUAAAAAUAAUAUUGAUAUUUUUUAAAUACGUAAUUAUUAUGAUUAAAAAUUUAUACUAUAUUUAAAAAAAAAUCGAAUGUAUUAGUUUUGCUUUUAUUACACUUUUAUAACUUGGGUCCAACUUUAAAAUUUUAUUAUUUCAAUGAAUUAUCAUUUAAUAUGUAAAAAAAAAAAAAUAUAUUACUUACAAAUAAAUAAAUUAAUUAAUUAUUAUGAAACUAUUAAAAUGUAAAGUUAGAAAAUUAAAAUUGUGAAUUAUAUAGUUAAUUGGUUUUUCGGCUACACUCAUGCAAAUAAUAAAAAAAUUAUAAUAAAAAAACAAAAAUAGUAAUAAAUAAUAGUAGAAAAAUAAAGAAAAAAAAAUAUAUAAAAUGAAGUCAAUAUUACACUAGAGCAUAUCGAGAAUUUAAAUUGAAAAUGAGUUAAAAAAAAUAUAUAAAUAUAUAUAUUUUCAAAAGGACCAACCCUUAAGUUUUAAGAAGUAAAAAAAAAUGUACAGUUUUAAUUAAAUUCAGUAGUAAAUUUAUGCACAAAAUAAAUAAUAUAAAAUGAUGUGAAUUAUUGAUGACUAGUUGAUGAUUCACGUCACAGUUUACAUUGAAAUAAUUAAUAAUUUGUAGUUGGAAAUAUCAACAUCAACAGCACAAUUAAAUUUUCAAUAAUAAACAUGAAUUAAUUAUUUUAUCAUUCAACAUACAAACCUACUAAAUAAUUUUUUUUUUCAUAAUAAACAUGCGUCCUUAAAUUAAUAUAUUCAACAAAAAUAAAUAUUGUAAAAUUUCAAUCAAAAAUAAUAUUUAAAAAUUUAUCUCAUUAAUUAAAUAACGAGUGUUUUGUCGAGCCAAAUAAUUAAUGAAAAAAUAAAAAAAAGAUAUGAUUUAUUUAAAUAAACAAAAUUCAAAUAAA